AUGCUGGCAACUCUUCGCGUCACCCUGCUCGCCGUAGUUGCGGCCGGUAUGGCCUUGGCCAUGCCCAUCACACCAACUCAAGCAGACGCAGUCUCGACAUCGUCUUCGCAAGUCAGCUGCAAGCCCCUCGCAGCAGGCCAGUGGACUCUUCGCCUGGAGCGUCAACAGCUGCAAGGACUCUGGUUGAGCCCCAUGAAGCAGAACGGAGCCAGGCUCGCUGCAGUGACUAGAGUUGGAAAGGAUGGCCAGAAAUUGACUUUCAGCUCUUGCGAGAGCAAGUACAUGGGCUUGCAGAACUCAAAAUCCGCAGAGGGCGACUUUUACGGUCAGCUGAAGACCGAGCGCGGCACCUGCCUGACGCGCACCAAGUCCACCAGUGAGUGAUUCAUUACCCGCUCCACGUCUUGGGCGGAGGAUAUAGGCGUAGUAGGGAUGCCAUGGGUCUUGGAAUGGGCACGGCAACCCACCAUCAGCUCUCGACAGUGACGUCCAAGAUGGUGUGCAGCCUGCGUGAGGUAUUCUGUCCCCUGACCCUCCACCUCUCCCCCCUUCCCUUCACGCCAGCAGAGAACGCCGCUCAGUGGAACUUUGUCGCCAAGCCUUGCCCUGUCUCCGACGAUGCCGAGAUUGAGAACACAUUCUGGCGCUUGACCAAGAGCGCCAAGAACGGACUGAGUGAGUGGGCGUUGUCUGGAGGAAAGGGGAUAAGGAUGCCUUGCUCGCACGAGGUGUCACAUCGCAGCUCGCACUCAUCGUGGCCGUAUCUGUCCCUGCCUGCCUCAUCAGCCUACGACAACACCAACUAUGUCAUUUCUCCAGCCUCCGAGAGCAACGGCAAGAAGAAGUUCGGUUUCAACUUCCGCGCAAAGACCGGCGUACUGUUUGCUGGAGAGCCGAAGCCCGAGACCAGCGAUCUGAUUCUCUACAGGUCUCAGAACCUCUGA